GCCUGGGGGUGGAUUUGACCGCUUUGGCUAAUGGCUAGCUUGCUUCCGGUAGGGGAUCCCGAGCCACGUCCUCCGACCUCCCCUGCCUAUAUAAAGGGACCCCAGCGAUCAUCGUCUCAAACAACACAAAAACCACAUUGCCAGUGUUGCUAGCAAUAGCAUUCCUCGCGAGCGCAGAUAGGGUUUAGUAGUUGUUCGAUCGCUCGCUUCGAACAACUACCAACAAUUCACUCGAUACACCUUUCUACUCCUCGCCACAGCUUGCCCAUCAUCUGGUCUUGCAUUAAUUCCUUGAGAGAAUUCAUAUGGAUGUCGUAGGGGGCGCCGCCGGCAGUCCGGCAUGCGCCGGCGCCAUGACCGCGCUCGCCCUCCUGCUCUGCGCCUUCAUCUACGCUGCCUGGCUCUCGCCGGCGGCCACCAGGCGCCGCCUCCGCCAGGCCGGAUUCGAUGGGCCCAGGCCGUGCUUCCCCUUGGGCAACCUGCCCGAGAUCACGGCCGCCACCACCACCACCACCGGCAGCAGCAAAAGUAGCAUGGCACUACAGCUGCUGCCCUCCUCCGGCGAGCCAGCGAGCGACAUCCACGCCGCCGUGUUCCCCUACUUCGCGCGCUGGCGCCAGGCCUUCGGCAAGGUCUUCGUCUACUGGCUGGGCACGGAGCCCUUCCUGUACGUGGCCGACCCGGAGUUCCUCAAGGCGGCCACCGCCGGCGCGCUUGGCCGGCGCUGGGGCAAGCCCGACGUGUUCCGCCGCGACCGAAUGCCCAUGUUCGGCAGGGGGCUCAUCAUGUCCGAGGGAGAAGAGUGGGCGCUCCACCGCAACAUCAUUGCGCCAGCCUUCUCCGCCACAAACCUCAACGGCAUGAUCGGGCUGAUGCAGGAGACCACCGCCAAGAUGCUCGCGCGGUGGAACGACGCGGUGGCGGCCGGGCAGAGCGUCGUCGACGUGGAGAGUGGCGUGGUCCGAAACGCGGCGGAGAUCAUCGCCAAGGCGAGCUUCGGCAUCACCGACGCCGCCGCCGGCGCGCGGGUGUUCGACAAGCUGCAGGCCAUGCACGCGACGCUGUUCCAGUCGAGCCGCCCGGUGGCGGUGGGCGUGCCGCUGGCGCGGCUUCUGCACGCGCGCAGGACGUACGGGGCGUGGAGGCUGGGGCGGGAGAUCGACGCGCUACUCAUGGAGAUCAUCGACGCGCGCCGCCGCCAGCAGCAGCAAGGGGGCAAGGACCUGCUGUCGCUGCUGCUGGCCGGGGCCGAGGCCGAGCCGGGCGCCGCCGGCGCGGAGCGGAGGAAGAAGCUGACGGCGCGGGAGCUUGUGGACGAGUGCAAGACCUUCUUCUUCGGCGGGUUCGAGACGACGGCGCUGGCGCUGUCGUGGACGCUGCUGAUGCUGGCGGCGCACCCGGAGUGGCAGGCGGCGCUGCGGGAGGAGGUGACCCGGGAGGUGGGCGAAAGCGGCGAGGAGGCGCUGGACGCCGCCGCUCUCGGGCGGCUGACGAAGAUGGGGUGGGUGAUGAGCGAGGUGCUGCGGCUGUACCCGCCGGCGCCCAACGUGCAGCGGCAGGCGCUGGAGGACGUCACGGUGGCGGCGGAGGGCAACAACAAUGUCGUCGUCGUCCCGCGGGGCACCAACAUGUGGGUGGACGUAGUGGCGAUGCACCGCGACGCGGCGCUGUGGGGCGGCGACGCGCAGGAGUUCCGGCCGGAGCGGUUCGAGCGGGACCCCGUGCAGGGUGGGUGCCGGCACCGCAUGGGGUUCCUGCCCUUCGGCUUCGGCGGCCGCAUCUGCGUGGGGCGCAACCUCACCGCCAUGGAGUACCGCAUCGUGCUGGCCAUGCUGCUGCGCCGCUUCCAGGUGUCGGUGGCCCCAGAGUACCGCCACGCGCCCAGGUUUAUGCUCUCGCUCAGGCCCUCCGCCGGCAUCCAGCUCCGCCUCACGCCGCUCUAGCCUAUUCAUCGGUCAGCUGUCAGCAUGCAUGGAGCCUGGAUUAAUUAACUAAUUAAUAAUAAUCCUGAUCCAGAUCGAGUUCAAUUCUGCAGCUA